UGCUGCAACUUUAUUCCUUUCCUUUUAAUGUGAACCAGAUUUUUCUUUCAAUGUAUAAGAUUUCUUCUGAUCCACUAUAAUUUCUGAAACUAGAUAAGAGAAGAUUGUGGGGAAACAAUUCUCGAUUUCUGAAACUAGAUACAGAGACGAGGUGUCCUGAUGAUUAUAUUCUUUUUGAGUUGUUAUUUUCCCAUUUGGAGGACGAAAAAGAAAGAAGCCAACUACUGGGAUUGCUUGCUUGGUGGAGGCAGACGGAGAUGAGAAGCUGCUACUGUAUUUUGCUUGACAAGGGCUGGCUUGCUAGAGAGAAUAAAAGGUCGGGAGCAUUUGUAGAUUCAGAACAUGUCUCUCAAGUGCUAGCAUAUUCUUCAGAGAUUGUAUUGUUUUAUGAGUAACAACUACUAUUUCAUUUUGUCAUUUAGCUCAGCUGGUCGUGCAGUAGUUUUUCAAAGGGACGUGCUCUUCUGCAUAAGUUCUCGUUCAUUUUAUUCUCUAGAUCAACAUUUUGGGGCCGUCGUCAUCCACGAGCUACUUGAGAUGGUGGUCGCCGCCGGAGAGAAGAUGCGUUUCGGGGGCGUUGGCUCCAAGCUAAAGGGUGAUUUCAAGGACAUGGAGGACAAGAAGCACAUGGCUGUCUACGAGACGCUUGGCGACUCCGACCAGAAGCUACAUUAUUUCUCAGGGCGGCAGAUUGGAGGACAAUGCAGCAUUUUAGGAUUUGUUGUUCAUAGGACAUUGUGACUGAACCUCAAUUUGUUGACAUUUUACAUCUUUCUGCUUGUUCUUGACUCCUCUCUUUGAAGAGUCUAACUGAUCCAUUUACUUCUGAAAUUGUAGUGGUGGUUACCAACUGAUCCAACCAAAGACUUCUCGAUAUGUUGCUGUCUACCGAGUGGGGUGUGUCGUCCUUGCCCAACCGAGAAGUUUAAGCCAAGCGGGUGCACAAUGUACUUCAUCAAUAGCAUAUGUAUAUUUUUUCUAUAUAAUUCCAAACUACCAUCUUGAACUAGAAACUUUCGUGUGCUAUGUUUGUACAUGAUAUAUGUUUAUGCUUGUUUUUUGAA